AUGGGCGACCCUUUCUCGACCUCGUCCCGUCUCGAGACAUCACCUCACCUCUCCCAGCACAAGCCUACCUUGACGACCUUGAUCUCGAGCGUCGACUUGCACCAACUGGCGUCGAGGAGGACGGGCCUCAACGGAGAAGGCGCCGAUGACGAUGACGAUGGCCAGCACGAGCAGGUCGACCUCCCUACGAACGCGCCAUUGAGCCACGAGUCGUUUCAGACGAGCUCACCGGAUGAGGAGUGGGAUACGUCCGAGUUCUUGUUGGGCAGACGCCACACCGCGUUGGAUGAACUGCGCUCCGAGGUGAGCUCUGCCGUCGUCCCCGCUGCUUGUACCUUGUACCCGGUGGCUGAGGCUGAUGCUGAUCGAGCGUUCGUCUCUGCUCAGCUCCGAACUUACCUAGCCACGCUCCGUAGCUCCUUGGUCGAAGUGAUCAACACCGAAUACGAGGCCUUCAUCGGCCUUUCCCUCGGCCUGCGCCACGCCUCGGUCGCCUCCUCCGUCACCUCCAUCCGUCGCCCCGUCCUCUCGAUCCGCAACGAAGUCGCCCAAGUCAAAGAUCAGUUGCAAAACAUGCAGCAAGAUAUGGGCGGCGUUUUGGAGAAGCGCAAGAAGGUGAGGGAGGACAAGGCGAUGCUGAGGAGGUUGCUCGAGAUGGAUGAGUGGGUCGACAAGGUUGAGAUGAGGUUGAGGCUGCCCGUCUUUGGGCAAGGUGGGGAGAGAGGGGUGGAGGGAGGGGGGGUAGUGAGGGAACGGGAUUGGAGGGGUACGUUUCUAGAAUCAUCUACUUUUUUUUUUUGUGGUGGAAGAGAUGAUGCUGAUUCCGGGCUGAUUUCACAGGGCUGCUCUGGUCGAUUCUCCGGCGAAACGACUCGAGAGGAUCGCGGGCGAGUACAACCACAUGCUCUACCUCAUCAACAAGGCAGGGGAUCUUGCCUUUGUCAGAUCUUUGGAACCGGUGAGCUGACGGCGUCACUGGGAUUGUUUUUCCGAACGCAAAUCUCGCCCCAAAACUGACAUUGUCGACACCCCCACCAGCGAGUCACUCGAAUCACGACCACGCUCAAAUCCGACCUCUCGCACCUACUCACUUCUGUACUCGUCGCUGCUUCUCCAUCCACCGCCACCGCUCCCUCUCCAAGCGUCACGCGUGAAGAGUUGACAUCGCUGCUCAAGAUCUACGCCUCGCUCGACGCCAUCGCCGAAGCCGAGGAAACGAUCCGCAAGAUUGUCGUUCGGCCUUGGGUCACCCGCAUCAUCCAUCGCAACGUAUUGACCUCGGUCCAAUCGCCUGUACUACCUUCAGUCUCGAAGAGCCUGGAGAAUGGCACUGGUUCAAGAGGUGGCUCGAGUCAAUUGGCCCCGGCUGUUCAGUUGAUCCCCUCGGACGAUCAACGCGCGCUCCCGGCUGCGUAUGUCUACGAGCCGAUACGGUCCCCGAGCGGCGGCACGAGCAGCGAAACGACGGAUGCUGCUUCGACGGACCCAUUGUUGACUCUGUACAAUCGUAUCCUGGCGACGAUCUCGAAAGAGUGCGGGCUGAUCCUCGACGUCGCCGAGCGGACGAUCACGGCCCCGACACCGAUGCCGCUCGCCGGAGGCGGACUGAUGAUCAAGACCUCUUCAACCGACGACGGACUCAACAAUCGAUCAACAGGACGAAGAUCUCAAUAUGACAUCCUCUCGAACGUCAUUUGGGAUGAAGUAGGGAACCGCCUCAUUUCCGAAUUGGGGAACGUCAUUUUCGCCGCCGGUCGUCCGAGCGUCUUUCAUCAGAAUUACGUCCUCACCUCAGCCUUCAUCUCGCGCAUCGAAGGCUACUGCUCUUCUAUACCUCAUCUUUCGGCAUUGAGAACCAGUCCAACCUACGUCGAUUUCCUCCGUCGCUUCCAACUCCCCGUUUAUUUCCAGUUGAGGUUCAAGGAGAUCGUCACCAGCGUCGAGAGGGCUCUGGAUGUGGGCUCCGCGAGUGGUGGGGGGAUAUGUUCGUGAUGAGUGAGAGUGAGGCGAUUUGGAGGGCGUUGAGGAUGUGUUGGGCUGAGGAGGUGUGGCUGGAAGAGUUGAAUGGGAGGUUUUGGAAGUUGACACUGCAGGUCAGUACGGGCGGUUCGGUGAAGUGGGCGCUGGGUGUCGAAGGUGCUGACUAGGAUGCAUUGAUCACAGCUUUUGAGUCGGUACAGGACAUGGUUAAACACCGUCGUGCCUCGAUAUGUCAUGCCUGCGAAUGCAAUGAACCUCUCCGUCACUGGCACGGCGACACCCAAUGCCGGUCAUAGUCAAUUCGAGGGGACCGAACGUCCUAGGGUAAGUUGGGCCACCGCCUCUCUCAAUCUUCGACCAAUAUGUAGCUGAUGGUGGCUUCUCUCGCCUCGUAGUCCUCGUUUUCGGCCGCUCCAAGCCCUCGACCAGGGACGCCCUCGGACGAAGCGACGGAGGAAGCGACCUUGCGUCAAUUGACGGUGCUGAUCGCCGACUCGACGCUGAUGGAACGCAAAGUGCUCGAACUGUACCAUCAAAGCAUCGCACCUCGACUACCGCAGGAAUUGUUAAAACCUUCCACCACUAACACAAGCCUAUCCGAAGAAGAUCCCUCCGACUCCCCCCUCUCAGUCCUGCGCGAUUCCCUCUCCCAAACGACCUCGAUCGUACCCCCCCUCUCUUCGCAAAUCAUCACCAUACUCGUCAAGCGCUGUUCCGAACACCUCAAACUCGUCCGAUCGACAGUUUCCCAAGUCCGCGCAUCGACGAAGAGAGGUCCUUUGGAACCGAGUUAUUUCGUGGGCAAUAUAUUGAAGGAUUUGAGGAAUUAUGUUGCGGGGCCGGCGAAGGUCGUUGACGAGGAACUGAGGAAGAGGUGGGCUACGAUGGUCGUGGAAGAGAUUGCUCAGAGGUGAGGAACGAAAGCCGGAAUCGAUCGCACUUGGGCCGCUUUGACUGACAUGCUCUUUUUGGGGGGACCUUAGGUACGCGACCGUACUCUCGGCCCAAAAGAAGACCGACGAGUCCCUACGCUGGUACAAAAAAGGGCGCUCGGCCGGUCUAUCCUUAUUCGGACGAGGCUCUACAACCACUUCUUCAACGACGGACGACCCUUCCCCCGAUGACGAUCGCGUCAAACAACAGAUGCAGAUGGAUAUUGAGGCCUUGGCGCAAGACGCGAGGACGUUGGGGGUUGAUACGUUGUCGAGUGCGGCGUUUGGACUGUUGAGGAAUGCGUUGACUGACGAGGAAAGGAAAUAA